CAGAUGGUUCUUUCUCUUACACUGUCUCAUUCCUUCUGUUAAUCUAUGGAAAUUUAUUCAGACUUUUGGGUGUUAAUAAUCUGCACUCUGUUUUUUCUUGUCUUCAUCAAAUACAAGAAGGGAAAAUCUAAAAAAGGAAAUGCAAAGUUCCCUCCAGGUAGAAGAGGCUGGCCAAUUAUUGGUGACAGCUUUAACUGGUACAAUGCUGUUGCCAGUUCUCAUCCCCCUUGUUUUGUUGAAAAACAAGUUCAAAAGUAUGGGAAAAUAUUCUCAUGUAGUUUACAUGGUAAAUGGGCUGUAGUAUCAGUAGACCCUGCUUUUAACAGAUUUGUAAUGCAAAAUGAAGGGAAGCUAUUUAAAUCAAGUUAUCCAAAAUCAUUCAGAGAUUUAGUUGGGAAAAAUGGGGUGAUCACAGCACAAGGAGAACAGCAAAGAAAACUUCACUCUAUCGCCUCUAAUAUGAUGAGACUGGACAAGCUUAAGUUCCAUUUCUUGCAGGAUAUACAAAGGGUUAUUCAACAAACCUUGAAUAAUUUUCAAGAUAAUGAGGUUAUUCUUCUCCGAGAUGUUUGCAGAAAGCUGGCCAUUAAUUUGAUGGUUAAUCAACUGCUGGGAGUGUCAAAUGAAUCAGAGGUGAAUGAGAUGGCUCAAUUAUUCUCUGAUUUUGUGGAUGGAUGCCUUUCCGUUCCAAUCAAUAUGCCUGGUUUUGCUUACCAUACUGCUAUGCAGGCAAGAGAGAAUAUUAUAAUGAAGAUAAACAAGAUUAUUGAGAAACACAGGAGGGAACCAUCAGCUGGAAAUGGGAAUGGUGUGAUAUAUAGACUGCUAGAGGAAGAAAGCUUACCAGAUAAUGCAGUUGCUGAUUUCAUUAUAAACCUCUUGUUUGCUGGAAAUGAGACCACAGCUAAGACAAUGGCAUUUGCUGUUUACUUCCUUACUCAAUGUCCUAAGGCCAUGAAACAAUUACAGGAUGAGCAAGAGAGCAUAACAAGAAGUCAGAAGGGUAGCUUUGAUACUGAGGAGGAGAUGCUCACUUGGCAAGAUUACAAAUCCAUGCCUUUUACUCAAUGUGUAACAGAUGAAACACUUCGGGUUGGAGGUAUUGCAAUAUGGUUGAUGCGAGAAGCCACCAACGAUGUUGUAUAUGAAGAUUAUGUUAUCCCAAAAGGCUGUUUUGUGGUACCAUUUCUCUCAGCAGUGCAUCUAAAUGAAAACAUCUAUGAUGAUCCUAGAAUUUUCAACCCUUGGAGAUGGAUGGAUCCUGAAAACCAGGAAAAGAGAAAUUGGAGAAAUAGCCCAUUUUUCGCCCCAUUUGGAGGAGGAGGACGCUUUUGUCCUGGUGCAGAAUUGGCCCGCCUUCAAAUCGCACUAUUUCUUCAUUACUUUGUCACUACUUACAGGUGGAAGCAACUGAAAGAAGAUCGGAUGUCUUUCUUUCCAUCUGCUCGUUUGGUCAAUGGCCUCCAGAUACAAUUAACCAGAAAUUAAGCCCCAGACAAUGCAUUUAUUGGAUGUUUGUCAAACUAAUCCAAUUUCAUUAAUCUUGUACUCUACUUAUUUCUUUGUUCAUUUUCAUGUUAUAAUAAAAAUCGAAUUUAAAUGUC